AUGCCUGGCCCUCUAUCUCUCUUCUCCGUGAAUGCGGUCCUCGUCAUGUCGGCUGACGAUGGAUCCCGCAUCUUCACCAAGUACUACUCCGCACCGCAUCCCCCCACCGGCACUGCACCCAACUCGACAGACUUCCCCGGUGCCAACCCAUACCCGACAGUCAAGGAGCAACGGAGCUUUGAGAAGGGCCUGCUCGAGAAGACAAAUAAGUCAACCAGUGAUGUGAUCCUGUACGACAACCGUAUUGUUGUGUUCAAAAUGGAGAGCGACGUGAUGCUCUACGUUGUUGGGAGCGCAGACGAAAACGAGGUGCUGCUGUACAAUGUUGUGCUGUCUUUGCGGGAUGCGCUAGGCAUUCUAUUCAAGGGCGCUACCGACAAGCGCACUAUCGUCGAGAACUAUGACCUUGUCUCCCUCACCAUCGACGAGAUCAUUGAUGACGGCAUUAUCCUCGAGACCGACCCCGUCAUGAUCGCCUCUCGGGUCAGCCGCGCACCCGCUGCCGAUGCGCCGAACAUGAAGAACAUCGACUUGACCGAGCAGGGCCUGAUGAACGCCUGGGAGUUCGGCAAGCGGCGCCUAGCAGAGGGUCUGCGGCACAUGUAA